AGCAUUCGGCCGACUUGCAUUUUGCGCGUACCGUCUCUCCGAUAUUACCGAGAAUUUUUCGAUUCGAAUUGAACUGGGAAUUUUUCGAUUGCGAUAUUUUCCUGUCGGGCACUGGAAACCGACCGCUCUUGUUUCGCAAACGGUUCUUGUAAGUCGGGGAGUUGACUCUGUCCGAAUGUAACGUACUCGAGCUGUCAUCUCAAUCAAACCACGUGUGUUACGUUUUCGUGCCAAAAAUAGUUUGUUGUAAACAUUGUGGUUGGAUUCUUUCGGAUUGAUUGCCGCUGAGUGUACAAAAAUUUCGACGAGCGGUGAGCAUCGAUUCGAAAAUAAGCAAACGGAAAAGGAAAAAUAAAUAAAAAAAUGUGAAGUGAUACCAGUGACAUACAUAGCAGCGCCUUCACUGAACCGGAGUCUCAUCGGAUACUGGAUAAAAUGGAUUAUUAUUAAAUUACAAUUCAAUAUUGACUGCCGCAAAACUCGAUUUGUUGAAUUCAGCUUUAAGCGUCGCACUCGAGGCGGAAAGUUCCAAAGAAGAUGAGAGAUCCCGCGCAAAUCUCAUUGAAUACUUCUCAUUCGACGAGAGCUAACGCCAUGAGUGUUAUUCGAUGGAGCAACACCAUUCCCCCACAACGAAAGCACAUCGUCAAACAUAUCGCGGAACAUGACAGGCAACAGUGAAUCGACACCGGCAUGUGAGCGUUGGAAAAAAUGGAAGAGGCUCGCGGAAUCAUGAACAGCAACAGCGAUUUAAUGGCGCCCGCCGUUAUCCCGCAAAAAUACGAAGCCAACGUCGACUACGUUAUCAACGAAUACAUGGAGCGGCUCGGCACUCGCCUGAACAUCCUCGAGACCGAACUGAAGUACGCCUGGCGAGCGCUGGACCUCCUCUCUCAGGAGUACAUAAAGAUGUGGGAGCGGCUGGAGAAACUCGAAGGGCUGUUGUACGAGCAGCAGAGCGUCAUAUCGCAGCUGCUCGAUUUCUACACCAGCGGCGGGGCUUGCGCGCAAACGGCGCACUCUUUGGAAGGCAAACUCGGCGAGUUGGAAGUGAUUAGGGAGAUUUUAGGCAACGGGGCCGUCGAGGACGGUUUGGAGGAGGGGCUGGAUGUGACCACGUCGCACGGGCAAUCGCUGGAACUGGAAAAAAUGGAAAUGGAAAGCGAAAUCGACGAGAUGCACGUACCUGAUGAGGCUUUUUAUAAAAGCCUCAAUCAAGCUUAUCGGGAGGAUUUGGUGGGCGAUGAUCCCGGAUACGGGAUUAGUCAAUUAGGGAUGAUUUGGGAAGAAAGAGAAGAGGGCAGCGAAAACGGAGAAAGGGAGAGAGAUAGAGAUAGACAACCCAUUGAUACCUCAAGUAGGUUAGAAGAAAAUCAAGAAAUUUAUAGCGCCCUGGACUAUAAAGAUUACAGAGGAAAUUCACCUUGUAUAAGUGAACAAGAUCUAGCUCAACUGACUAAAAUAGAUUCGAUAGAUCAUUUAGCUAUUGAAAAGUUGGACGAAUUAGAUCGACUGAGCAAUAAGUUGCAUCAAGAUUCUGUAAAUAUUAAGCAAUUAAGAAGAAAACUAUUAGAAUCUCCUCUUACUAUAACAGAAAUCGAAGAGGAACAAAUUAACGUAAAAGAAGCCGAAGACUUGUCUAACAUAGAAGAGACCAUUCAACAAAUGUAUCCUGACGAUCAAUGGAGCUUCUCCGGUAGCGUUAAAGAUAAAAACGAAUUCCUACUGUUAGCUAAAUCCGAUCUGCCUAGUCUUCUUCCAAACGCUCCAUAUUCGUCCAAAUCUAGUUCGAGAUUUUCCCUUUCCGAUGCCGAUAAAGAAGUGGCAGAGACUCUGGGUGUCGAGUCUCGCAGUCCUUCAUCGCCAAGGAGACGACAGACUGAAGUAACGACCUGUAGUGAACCGUUUAGUACAGUAACUGGAAGACUGGCCUACAGUGCCGCCGUUCAGCACGCCGAGCAAGUAGAGGCGGCAGUAGCCGCCGCAGUUGCGGCACACAGCAGUAAAAAUCCUUUCUAUUGCAUGUCACCGACGCUGCUACCGGCCGCUUACGAAACCGUUCCUUGUUCCACGCCGAAUGUGUAUAGCGUUAGAUCGGAGAAAACCACGUCUCCGACAUUGUCUAUUUGCAGCGUACGCACCAGGCAGGACGGCUACGUGGAUCCCAAUGCGGCCGCUCCCGUCGGACAAAAUCACAGCCCACCGCCGCCGCCGGCGCCGGACGUCACCGGGAAUUUUUUAGCCAUUAAUAAAGCUGCCAGUGCAUCGAAUGUAUUUUUGGACGCCGCCGAUUCGUCGAUUAACCAAAACGAGCGACUCAGUCCUAAGCAUCAUUCUCCGAAAUCCACGAAAUCGUCGCCGAGAAGGAGCAAAUCCCAUUCGUUGACCAUGGGAGCAGCGAAAUCUGACUCCGGUUUAUCAUCCAUGAGCGGUUGGUCGAGUCUCGAAAAAUCCCCCGGUUCGCCGAAAAAUACCCGCACGAAUUCUUACACGGAGGGAAGGCAUGCAUGCAGCAGGUUAGUGUCGCCGAUACCUUCGCAAUAUGGGUCUACUUCUAAUUCAUCGAAAACGUUUAUUGAAUCUUCGGUCGAUAGUAAGCUGGUGGAGAGUUUGAACUUUUUACCCGGCGGCCACCAUUUGUCCGCUUUUACGACUGUUAAAUCGCCGUCGGGCUUGGAAACCGUGGAAGGUUACGGGAAUUUCGUUCCGGCUCCCGCACCUGCGUCGGAUAUUAAUGUUAGCCCCAAUAAAAAGAAAGAUAAAUCACCGGCAAAAACUAGCGAUAACAGAGCCUCGGGAAUAUCCAUGUACAGGUACGAUCAGCCGGCCAUUUAUUCCGUCGCAGGCAGUAACAGAGAAUCGUACACGUCUGUAUAUACGGGUAAUUCAGAAUAUUGUCAAAAUUACCCGGAUCUAAUAGAGCCUUACGAAAACAACGAAUAUUUCAACAACCAACAAAAAUCCUUCUAUCCUCCUGCGUCGUAUAUGCCUUAUGUGGAACCUAGUUCUAGCUUUAGUAAUAAUACCAAACAUAAAACGUCUAAAGGAAGAGAGACUGACGAUUUUUCAACGCAUGAAGGCUAUAAAACAGCCAUGUACAGGACUAUGUUCCCCUCCGGAAAUAUCACGGACGCUCUCUCUUAUUAUCCCACGUCCUCGCGAACUGAAACAACGUACGCUGAUCCAUCCUGGCAGGUUCCGGAAUCGACUUAUUCGCAAAGUCCGAGCUCGCAAUAUCAACAACCGCCGAGAGAACAAGACCAACCUCCCGCCUACGAGAUUCAGCAAUUCGAACAACAAAACAAACAGUGGAAUCAAAGACAAGAAAUUCCCUAUUUAGACUUGGACUUGAGAAAUAAAAAUUUACCCGAAUACGUAGUUCAACAGCAACACGGCCAUAACCUAUAUUACGAUACCGGCGGCAUCAUAAUGACCCAAUCAGGUUACAUUACUAUAUCCUCGGGAACAGAUACCAGGCCACAAACGACCGAAACGACGAAAAAAGUGAAACGAUCGAAUACGCUAAAAUCCGCAAUGAGCUCCGUAAGCCAUUGGUUACCCAAUCUGAAUGUAGCCAAACGAAGUAGAUCGCAUUCGUUGCCCGGCAUAAAAAGGGACGCCAUAAAAGUAAAUCUCAACAAGAAAAAAAAGAAAAACAGCAUAGUUUCCACGGUUUCCGAUAUCAUCCAGAAGGCCAAACGACGCGGAAGCUUAUCCCACAAUUAUUCCUCUUCCUAUUCGGAUACCGAGCAAUCCGACUCGGAAUGGUUCACCGAAAAAUCCAGAUCCCUUCAAUCCGAGGACGAACGAAGCGAAGACAGCACCAGCCUUUAUUCGGAAACAAACGUAGAAACAGACAGCGACUUUACCACCAGCACUGAUAACAGCAAAAGUAAAAAGCACGUUCCGGCCAACAACGACAAAUUUACUUUACAACCAUUAUUCGAAGCGACAACGCCUCAAGCAGACGACAAUAACCGCAAAGAGGACACCGAAGGAAACUUCAUUAAUAAUCAAGCGGUGCCAUAUCUAAUUAGAAAAAAUUCGAUACACUCCGAAGUCGACGAUCACGUUAUAGAAAAUAAGAUGGUGGUCGUGGUCGGAGCCGGCGGGGCCUCAAUGGAGUUCGCCGUCUCCAGAGCCCUAGGAAAAUACAGGCAGCGGCAAUCGAACUCCUUCUCCGACGACCAAGCCUUCAACGAAGAAGAAGAAAUCAUAAUAGAAGAAAUUAGCGAAGAAAAAGAAAACCAGAGUGAAUCGGCCCCGCAGAUUCCCGACAAGAUUCUACCGGAACAAAAAUCCACCGAUAGUCAAACCAGUUCCGACAAUAAUAAACCCACUAUUAUCGACAUAGCCGAAGAAGCUGUGUCGGAAGACAGUCCCUCGACCGUUAGCAUUAAGUCGCACACGAACCGGUUCCUGCCGAAGCAGCAGCAAAGCCUAGAAAUCCCCGGUAGCAGGGACGACGACGACGUCAGAAGCACCCACUCCUGGCGCAGCACCUCGAGGGUCUCGUCGAGGAGGCAGAGCACCGAAGAUAGCAUCGACAGCGAGGACGAGUGGUACUGCUACGAAUUACGAAAAUUGGAGGAGAUGGAGCGGCAGAACCAACUCGAAAUCGAUAUGGGUGCAACGCUACACGAAGAACCCGAACCCGACGACGAGUUCGAACCCAACCAGGAAACCAAGGAAAAAAUGGGAUUCGUGCUGAGAGAACUGCGAAUGAAAGCGAGAGUCUUAGAAGGAGUUUUGGACGAAAAAGAUAAUAACCUACUAACAGUGCAAUCGCGGAAAAAGAAGGAAUCUAAAGAAAAACGAUCAUCGUUUCAACUAGACAACGCCGCUUCGUUGUUCGAAAAAAUUAAAAACUACCACCACGAAAUCGAGGAGCAGGAACUGAAGAAGGAACUCGACCGGCUGGAGGUGCACAGUCCACACCAACCCCAUGAAAAGGACGAUCAUUCGUCAGGGGCGACCUCGGGGCCGGAUAGCCCACACAGCACCGACGAAUACGACGAGGCCGAAAUGGCCAUCAACGAUGAAUUCGCCUUGUGCCAUAUCAAAAAGGAGAAAGAGGAGGAGGAACACAAGAAAUUAGAAAUCACUACGGCAAUACAGGAGGUCAUAGAAUCGACCCCGGUGCCCACGAUUACGCUGGAAACAUCGACACCGGCCAAAGAAGAAAAGGAGGAAAAGGAGGGCGGACAAAUGGGCAGUCGAUGGAAGUUGCUGAAGACGCUGAAAGAGAAGAAAGCAGAAGAGAAAAAUAAUCAGAAAGCUCCUACUCCGCAGGUUACUGAAAAUAACAAAGAUUCCGGUAUACGAGGUGAUCAAGCUCGAGCAAAUGGACAUCCUGGGGACAAUCCAUUUUACAGCAACAUUGACAGCAUGCCUGAUAUCCGACCUAUCAGAAGGAAAUCCAUACCUCUGGUUUCCGAUUUGACCAUGGCUGCAACCAAAAGAAAUGCCGGAUUGACAUCAGCUGUACCAAGAGCAACCCUAAAUGAUGAAGAAUUGAAAAUGCACGUGUACAAGAAGACCCUGCAAGCGCUCAUCUACCCCAUAAGCAGUACUACCCCGCACAACUUCGUCCCCUGGACGGCAACAUCGCCUACGUACUGUUACGAGUGCGAAGGGUUGUUGUGGGGCAUCGCCCGCCAAGGGGUGAGAUGCACCGAGUGCGGAGUCAAGUGCCACGAAAAGUGCAAGGACCUACUCAAUGCAGAUUGCUUGCAAAGAGCGGCCGAAAAAAGCUCGAAACACGGUGCCGAAGACAAGGCCAACAGCAUCAUUACGGCGAUGAAGGACCGGAUGAAGCAGCGCGAACGUGAAAAGCCCGAAAUUUUCGAACUGAUACGGGACGUAUUCGGAGUGGAAGAAAAGAACCACGCGGGUCAUAUGAAAGCUGUCAAUCAAUCUGUAUUGGAUGGAACGUCGAAAUGGUCGGCGAAAAUUAACAUCACAGUUAAAUCGGCGCAAGGACUAAUAGCUAAGGAUAAGAGCGGCACUUCAGAUCCUUACGUUACGGUUCAAGUGGGAAAAGUCAAGAAGCGCACAAGGACGAUGCCUCAGGAAUUGAACCCUGUUUGGGACGAGAAAUUUUAUUUCGAAUGCCACAAUUCUUCCGACAGAAUUAAAGUUAGAGUUUGGGAUGAGGAUAACGACUUAAAGAGCAAACUCCGUCAAAAGUUGACCCGAGAAUCUGAUGACUUCUUAGGACAGACUAUUAUAGAAGUACGCACACUAUCCGGCGAAAUGGACGUUUGGUACAAUUUGGAAAAGCGAACAGAUAAAUCCGCUGUGUCCGGUGCUAUCAGACUUCACAUAUCCGUAGAGAUUAAGGGCGAGGAAAAAGUGGCGCCGUACCACGUCCAAUACACCUGCCUCCACGAGAACCUCUUCCACUACCUGUGUGAGCAAAACAGCGGCGUGGUCUCCUUGCCGGAGAAUAAAGGUGACGAUGCGUGGAAAGUGUAUUUCCACGACGCGGCCGAGGAAAUCGUCGACGAAUUCGCUAUGAGAUACGGAAUAGAAUCCAUCUAUCAAGCGAUGACACAUUUUCACUGCCUAUCGACGAAAUACCUUUGUCCUGGUGUACCAGCAGUUAUGAGCACUCUAUUAGCAAAUAUCAACGCCUAUUACGCACACACAACAGCACUUUCGGCUGUAUCGGCCAGUGAUAGAUUCGCGGCAUCGAAUUUUGGAAAAGAAAAAUUCGUAAAACUCCUGGAUCAACUGCACAAUUCACUCCGUAUAGACCUCUCCAUGUACAGGAACAAUUUCCCGGCUUCCAGCGCCGACAAGCUAAAAGAUCUCAAGUCCACCGUGGAUUUGCUAACGAGCAUUACAUUUUUUCGCAUGAAAGUCCAAGAACUGGCCUGCCCGCCGCGAGCCAGCACGGUGGUCAAAGACUGCGUGAAAGCGUGCUUGCGAUCGACCUAUCAAUUUUUAUUCGAAAAUACAUACGAAUUGUACAACAGGGAAUUCCAGGCGGAUCCGAACGAACCGAAAAGAGAUCCGGACGAUCACGGCCCGCGACUGGACAGUGUGGACUUCUGGCACAAAUUGAUAGCGCUCAUCGUGUCUGUAAUCGAAGAGGAUAAGAACAGCUACGGGCCGGUAUUGAAUCAAUUUCCGCAAGAACUCAACAUCGGACAACUUUCCGCGGCGACUAUGUGGAGUCUAUUCGCCGUCGACAUGAAGUAUGCAUUAGAGGAACACGAACAACACAGGCUCUGCAAAUCGUCGGCGUACAUGAAUCUCCACUUCAAAGUGAAGUGGUUGUAUUCGAAUUACGUCAAAGACGUGCCGCCUUAUAAAGGGGCUGUGCCCGAAUACCCCGCGUGGUUCGAGCCUUUCGUCAUGCAGUGGCUCAACGAAAACGACGACGUGUCUUUGGAAUACUUACACGGUGCCUUCAACAGAGACAAGAAAGACGGCUUCCAAAAGAGCAGCGAGCACGCGCUAUUCUCGAAUUCGGUGGUCGACGUCUUCACGCAACUGACCCAGUGCUUCGACGUGGUUUCGAAACUGGAAUGCCCAGACCCGGAGAUAUGGAAGAGGUAUAUGAAGAGAUUCGCCAAGACCAUCGUCAAGGUUCUCAUAGCGUACGCCGAUAUCGUCAAAAAAGAAUUCCCUGAGCAUCUUAAAGAAGAGAGAAUAGCGUGCAUAUUGAUGAACAACAUACAGCAACUGAGAGUGCAAUUGGAGAAGAUGUUCGAAUCGAUGGGCGGCGAUAAGCUGGAAGAAGACGCGGCGAAUAUCUUGAAAGAAUUGCAGCAAACGUUGAACGGAAGUUUGGACGAACUGGCGCAGCAAUUCGCGUGCAGUUUGGAAAACAGGAUAACAGUGAGCGUCAAAGAACUGGCCGAUCUGCUGUUGGCUAUAAAAGGAGGCGGCCAGCCCGGUCAACUCAACCAGCCUGCCCAAAGGAACGCAGUCGCUGUAGAGGCGGACGAAGUACUAAGGCCUCUAAUGGAUCUGUUAGACGGCUCGCUCUCCCUGUAUGCUCAGUCUUGUGAAAAAACUGUUCUCAAGAGGCUGCUGAAGGAGUUGUGGAAAAUCGUAAUGAGAAUAUUAGAAAAAACAGUCGUGCUACCACCGAUGACUGAUAAAACUAUGAUGUUCAAGAGCUUGACGGAUAACGCAAAGAACUUAGCAGCCAACACGAAGAUAGAGGAUAUGUCAAAGUUGUUUAAAAACCACAUGACUGGCAAACAGGACGUGAAAAACGCGUUGAGCGGAGUAAUGGAUAUUUCCAAAGAGGUGGAGAAGAACCUUUCUCCCAAACAAUGUGCCGUUCUUGAUGUGGCUUUGGACACCAUCAAGCAAUACUUCCAUGCAGGCGGAAAUGGCUUGAAAAAGGCGUUUUUGGACAAAAGUGCCGAAUUGCAAAGUUUACGAUACGCUUUAUCGUUGUAUACGCAAACCACCGAUACUCUAAUCAAGACAUUUGUCACCACGCAAAUCAAUGAAGUGCCGCUAAACAAUAAACACACCAUGCUCCAAAGACAAAUCUCUAUAAGAGAUGAGUCGGAAACAGAAGCGGGACUCGAAGCCCUAGAGGAACCUUUGAAAGCUAAAAAGAGAAAGGAAAGCGAAAAUCAGCAAGACAACGUGGACGGUUCAGAAGGAAGCGUAGGUGAAGUUUCCAUACAAGUUGAUCUCUUUACCCACCCAGGAACUGGUGAACAUAAAGUCACAGUGAAAGUUGUGGCAGCCAAUGACUUAAAAUGGAAUUUGGUAUCAGGAAUGUUCCGCCCUUUCGUCGAAAUAAAUUUAAUAGGUCCCCAUUUAGCUGAUAAGAGAAGAAAACACGCGACCAAGUCCAAAUCAAAUAAUUGGUCACCGAAGUACAAUGAAACCUUCCACUUUAUUAUUGGAAACGAGGAACAAUUAGACUGCUUUGAACUACACAUUUGCGUGAAAGACUACUGUUUUGCAAGAGAAGAUAGAUUAGUCGGUGUAGCCGUAAUGCAACUUAAAGAUAUUAUUGAAAAGGGAUCCUGCGCAUGCUGGUUGUCGCUCGGUAAACGAAUCCAAAUGGACGAAACCGGUUGGACGAUUCUGAGAAUUCUAUCCCAACGCACAAACGACGAGGUGGCGAAAGAAUUUGUCAAACUCAAAUCAGAUAUUAGGCAAGAAAAUCCUCUUCCAAAUUGAAGCCAUUGAAAUAUCUACCAAGCAUUAUUGGAAACGAAGUCUUCUCGCGAAUCUUCGCAUUAACUUUAAUGUUAGGAAUUAUUUCCGAGGACAAAUGUUUAGAAGUAUAACGGGAAUCCACAUGCUUUUUGUUCAAGCGUCGGCAAGAAAAGCUCGGAAUAGUUGUACGUGUAACAGUUUUUUUAGAAUAUUCAAAUCGAUGAAAACUUGCACAAAACAAAGGAAUUGUAUAUAUGAAAGUAUUGUUGAAUAUCUCGAUUUUUGUAAGUUAAAUUUUUAUCCACUCCCAAUUGGAUUCGAAUAAACUGUGGGUGACUCAAAGACAGUGUGUUCAUAAUGAAGUGUGAAAAAAAUUACAUGGACCGUCCUAAAUAAGAAUUCCAUGCGUUUACAUUUUAAUAAUAAUAAUCAAUGUGCCUCCCAACUUGUACAUUCUACAAAACUUGACUUUAUCCAAGAUAUAAAAAAGUGUAUCAUCAUUCUUCGGUAUAUGAAAUUGUAUAAAAAUUUCGCAAUAAGGAGCAUACAUUUUUACAUUUCUCUCAUGAUUCAUCCUGUUAAUUUACAUCUCGACUUUUCAAAUGGUAAAUUUGAGAUGUAGAGCAAUAAGGAAUAUUUCUAUUAUUAUAACUUAAAAUGUGAUUCAAUUAGAGUAAGAAUUAUUGGAUAGGGAAAUUUAUAUCAUACAUAGAUAUUUUUUAUGCAUAUAGGAUAUUUUGUUUUUACCGAAUUUUGCAUGACGCCUACGUUUUUCGAUUUAAAUUUAUAUAACUUCAAUUACAUGCACAAUAAAUUUAAUGUGUAUUUAAAAGCUUAUUUCUAAUUUUGUAAGAAGUACUUAUUUUGUAAACAAUAUUAUGUAGUAAGCAGUUUAAAUAAUGAACUAAAAAGUAACCAUACCCAAUAGCGUAUAAAAUAUUACUUUCCUAUGAUCUAGACUAUUUCCUAUACUGAAUAAUAAAUAAAAUAACCCAUAUAUUUUAAUUACUUAAUGUUGAAAUGAAUUUCUUUUUAAAUGAUUCUGUAUACCUUCUUAAUGAUUAAUUGUGUUUUUGUAUUAAUAUUAACCAAGUAUAGUAUUGAAACUAUACAUAUUAUUAUUUUCUACUUUAAUCUCCUACAUUUUAACAGAAACAUUUACUAUUUUUCUAAAUAUUUAACUAAUUACAGGACUAUUGCAUCAAUACAUUUUUAUACUCUAUUGGAACGGAAAAAAUGGUUUUAUUUUCGGAUAUUUUUAAAAUAGAUGACAAUGAAUUUGUUUUUUUUUUUUAGAAAACAAGUUAUCAAAUACACUACACCCGAAACUAUCUAAAAUCAAUUUUUUCAUAAUACUAUUAAUUUGUAAUUAAGCUAAAAACCUAUUUCGCUUCUACUCUACUAAUUAUAAAUUACAUCUGCGUUCUUUCACUGUGAUAAUAAUAGUACAGUGUGUAUCUUGUUUGUAUUGUACUCUCAUGUUAAAUAGGACACAUUAUUUGUAAAUCAUAUUAAAAAAAUUAAUUAAAACGAUAUUUUUAAAUAAUCCCCGGGAUUAUUUUAAAAUAUUUGAUUGAAACAGUGUUUACUUUUCUACUUCUUCAUUCUAAACGAAAAAAUGUUAAUUAUAAUUUACAAGUUUUUAUACCUUUUUAACUUUAUAAUUUCUGGCCAAUACGCUUGUAAUUGUGCAAAUUUGUGUAACAAUGUACUUAAUUAAAAUAUGUUUAAUCUCAGUUAUUCUAUUUAAUUAAUUCAUAAAACAAAUAAAUGAAAUUCAAUGAAAUUUACUAUUGAAGUAAUAAAUAGUCGAAUAAAUAUGUACGAUAACUAAAUACCUGUUGUGAUUGGAUCAGGCGAUUUGUUUUAGUUUAGUGAAGUUUUAACGCUACAAUUUAAUAUGGUCAACUAGUCUCUUAUUUUACCUGUUCUGUAUAAAUCAUGUUAGAUUGAAAUUUGUACAAAUAUCACUUAUUUUUUAAUAGUUUGAAUGGGGCAUUUUGUAAAUAUCGUAUAAAUAAUUAAAACGUGUUGAAUGGGGCCAGUGCUUAUUUUUGUUAAUUACCCCCUUAUAAAUAUAUAAUUCUCGUUAACAUUGUUGAAACAUUCGUCAUUUUAGCGUUUGAAUUGUACAUAUCAUAAUGACAAAUUCAUGUUUUUAUUGUACCAUUCAUUCAAUCACGUAUUAACGUACUAUAAGCAUGGAGAUAUUUGUUCAAAAUUACAAACAUGAAACUGUAAAAUUAUGUAAUGCAAAUUUCUUCCAUGUAUUUAGAAAUUACAUUGAUUUUGUUGUAUCAUCUGUAAUAUAAAAACAAAAAAAUCCUAUUUAUCUCAUAAGAUCAAUCUGCAAUUUGCAAUUUCAUUAUUACGUUAGUUAAAAAUGUAAAAAAACCUUUUGGUCAGAAUUGAUCUUAUGAAAACUGAAACUACAAUUGAAUAAAAGAAUUCCUACUAAAUGUAUAGAUGCAUUUUGAUUUAAUUUAGCUACAAGCAAAAUAAUUUUAACUCGAUUUGAAAUGUGUGUAAAUUUAACUUUUCAUUUCUUCCCUUUCCAAAUAGGAGUAGUGACAUCUUAAUGUAACUCUAAAAUUUACAAAUACCCACAUCUUUUAAAUGUUAACUCUUCCUUUUUGUACUUAUAAAACAGGCAAAUCGAUGUUAAUUUUUUUAUAAAUAUCGAACGAUGUAAAAACGUAUUCAAUACUAUGUGCAUAUUAAUUUAGUGGUCUCUUUUAAGGAUCUAAUAUUACAAAGUAUGAUCUGUUAUCUGUUACACUGUAAAAUUGUAGAUUACUGGAUGCCUUUGGGAACUGAUGAAUAAAAAAAAUGACCAAAGAAUUUGAUUUUUUUACUCUAAUAAUUACCAACGGUUAUAAUUUUCUCCAUACCUCCAUGAAAUUCAUUAAUCAUCCUAUUUCAAAUUAUAUCAUCAAAGUACUUACUACUCCAAACUAGAUAUACUUGAAAACAAUAUCUUUCCUAUCAGCUAUAGUUUGUAGUUCCAUUUUCACAGGACACUGCAACCAAAAGCCAAGCAAUUCUUCCGUGUAACCAAUUAGGAAGUACAUUUUUCUGGGGCUUAACCCCCUCGUAAUUAUACCAGCUAUUCUAAUUAUAUUGUGUUGUCGCUUGAUAAUAACUUCAGAAGCGAAGAGAUUGUGCCAGGUGCCUGUUACAAAUUUUCUUAUGAACAUGUCUUCUACUGCUGUCUCUGCAGACCGAAC